AUGUGGGAGCGAGUCAGGAGAGCUUUGCUGAACUCGCUGUCCACAACCUUCCUGCGCGUCUGGAAGUGGGAGAAGCAGUACUUUUCCUUUCCUGGAGAGCUCCUCAUGAGGAUGUUGAAGAUGCUGAUCCUGCCCUUGAUCACCUCCAGCCUCAUGUCUGGGCUGGCCACCAUGGACUCCAAGGCCUGCGGGAAGAUGGGGGUGAUCACCAUCACCUACUACCUCUGGACAACCUUCAUGGCAGUGACCGUGGGGAUUAUCCUCGUGGUCAGCAUCCACCCUGGCGCAGCUGCCCAGAAGGACAACUACUCCGUGGGGAAAGUGGUGCUGAGCUCCGCCGACGCGUUGCUGGAUUUGAUCAGAUCUUCCAGCCUGUCUUCCCCCUCAGCUGGCUCAGAGGACGUGAGGCGGCUGCCAGCUGUCAUGUUCUACCUCUUGGCCUCGCGCUCGCCAGAGGCGCUGCCCAGAUUGUUCCUCGUGUCCUCACGAUGCACUUUAACCCCCGUGCAAUUGCUCUCUUACAGAAACAUGUUUCCUUCUAACCUGGUCGAAGCUUCAUUCCAGCAG